CAAGCUAAUUUACAUUAUUCUUAUAAUUUCAGGUGGCUCUCUAAAAUUGUACAGAGAAAAAAAGGAAUUGGAUAUGAAUUCACGGGAAAUGAAAUUCGGUGCAGAUCCUGGCUGCAUUUUUAGAUCUCUGGUUGGUGCCAGAGGGUACGAUUUCAGAAUAGGAACCAAAUGGGGGAAGGUUAUUGGCGAUCGAACUUCCAAAGUUCGAUGUAUCAGAGGGAAUAUUGCUUAUAACAACGCAUUCAAAACUCAAAUCCGAUACAAAAUAAGAGUCAACCAAAGAGCAUUUUCCACAAUACUUAUGGAGGUUGAACAAGAAUCUAAAUUUAUUGAAUAUAAAUCGCAAGAAGUUUGGCAAUGCCACUACUCAGAUGGUAGUGACGAUAAAAGCAUCGCUUUCCUGAGAGUGGAAAACGUGAUUGAUUUCUUGAAAGAAGUGCAUGAACUUGAGACCCAUCAAGGAGUGGUCAUAUCGUAUGAAUAUGAUUCAGUACAGAUGGAAAAUCGAGUGCGGAUUAUUGAGGUGAAGUAUCUGGAGCCUGAAACGCUUACACUACUGAAAUAUGAGGGACUAUUGGAAAUUGUUCCAAAGAAUCGUUUAUUCAAUGAUUUGUAAGUGAAAAAAAGUUUAC